AUGGCGGGAAACAACUUCACAGCUUAUGUUGCGGAAACCACCAUGUCGGACCUAAUGCAACGGUUUGCUGCUGAGACAACUGCUGACGCUGGAGUACGCUAUAAUAGUUACAUUGAAAUUAGCAAAUACAUUAAAGAAACCUUUGAGAAGAAAUAUGGUGCCUCCUGGCAGUGUAUUGUUGGUAAAAGCUUUUCCUGUUACGUCUCUUACGUUGGCGAGGAUUAUAUAUUUUUCCGGUUGGACAACCUUUUCGUUAUGCUUUACAGAAUAAAAUAG